CGUUGAUCCGUUCUGCUGUCCGCGCGCCUCGGAGACGAUUAUUGACUGAAAAACGGUCCCGUCGGGUGGAGGAGGAGAAAAGGAGAGGGGAUGGAGCUCCGGCCUCACAGUUUCUCGGCGUCUGGGUGCGAACAAUGUGCAGCAAGCUCUUGUCGCUCGUCCUCUUCGUCCCCCUGGCCUGGACUGGGAGCGAGGUGGUGGAGGAUCGCCAGUCUAAGAUGCUGGGCUUCGGCAUGCCGUCCAUCUUCCAACUGAUGACGUUUGCGAAUGGGCUGUGCAACAACACGGCGGGGGACACGGGGACGUGCUACAAGUACAGCGAGUGCAAGAGGAAGGAGGGGAAGGCGAACACGGCCUGCGCCUCUGGCCUCGGCGUCUGCUGCGUCUUUCAAUCUACGUGCAGGAAUAACACAUCGGAGGAAGUUUCCUACUUCGUGAAUCCCUCUUAUCCCAUGUCGGAUUCCCUGACCCAAGUGUGCGACUACCGCGUCGACAUAAGUCGACCCACCGUCAUCCAGAUCAGGUUGGAUUUCAUGGAGUUCGAGCUGCCGGGGCCGCGGCCGUUCGCGCUCCCGCUGGAGGUUCCAAAGGCGAGUCAGAAGUUGCUGGACGCAAGAAGCGAACCGAGC